UGAGUUUUAUGAAAAACAGAGGCCAUUUGGAUUAUCCACUAUCAAUUCUUCUAUAAAUGUUAUUAGAACUUGGCCUGUAAACAGGCUAAACUAGAUGUUGGUGCGAAUUCGAUUGUGCUAUUCAUGGUUGCGUUUUGUGGGCAUGUUGAAUUGAUCGGUUUGUGUUACAAUUAGAUGAAAACCUGAGUGGUGUAUUGCAAUUGCUACACCCUUCUUCACUUAGAUGCAGUGAAGGGGCAUUGAGCUGAGGUAAACAUGUUGCUUAAUCAAUGUGGUCGAGGUCAUGAUGUUUGUUGGGCACAACCCCCCUUCACUAUGGGGUUGAAUUAGGGCUUGUUGACGUCGCUGUGUUGUUAAUUUCUCAUGGGGCUAACAGCCAAUGUUACGAGUCUCAAAGGUGAAAUCUUUUAUUUUACCAAGUUCACUUCUUGAUCUGCAAUAAUCCGUAGGUUAAAAUUGGAGAUGACUUAUAAGGCCGGGCCUUGAAAUUGAAUUGAUGAUGGGGCAUCAGGAAAAAAAGUGGCUGGAGAGGCCCAUCGGGUUAAAGACGAUUGUUGAACCCGGAAGGAUCAACAGGCGUGGUUCGGUUCCCUAUACAUAUCAUACCCCUUUCUGUCUCAAACCCUUAAAACCAACAUCGGAAUACCAAACGUCUUCAUUUUUCGUCCUUGUGUCAAUCCUUUAACAAGUUAAGCCAGCCAUGAGUUCCGCAGGAUCAACCAAGGGAGGCAGAGGCAAGCCCAAGUCAUCCAAAUCCGUGUCCAGAUCUCAGAAGGCCGGUUUACAGUUCCCCGUCGGCCGUAUUGCCCGUUUUCUCAAAGCUGGAAAGUACGCGGAUCGGGUGGGUGCCGGCGCUCCUGUCUAUCUUUCCGCCGUCCUUGAGUACCUUGCUGCUGAGGUUCUUGAACUUGCUGGUAAUGCAGCAAGGGACAACAAGAAGAACCGUAUUGUUCCAAGGCACAUUCAGCUGGCUGUGAGGAAUGAUGAGGAGCUCAGCAAACUCUUGGGAACAGUUACUAUUGCAAAUGGUGGUGUUUUGCCCAACAUCCAUCAGAAUUUGUUGCCAAAGAAAAUUGGAAAAGGGAAGGGUGAUAUUGGCUCUGCGUCUCAGGAGUUCUAAAGGGUAUUUAAUAUGGGAUAUUAAUGUUUUCCAAGAUUUCAUAUGUUGGUUGAGAGUGAGAUCAGAGACCAUCAUCUAUUAGUUUUUGCCUGUGAAUUGUCAACAUAUUUUUUUGUUGGGGUUAUGGUUGAAUACAGGAAAGAAGCCAUUCUGUUAUAGCCCAUCUAUAUGUGAUGGUAUUGAACUUUUGAUUUAUUAAUAUUAUCAAUGGAAAUUUUGAGUUUAUGUUCUUAAA